AUGUUACCAUUGAUACGUAAAGAAUCUUCAUGUGAAUUAAAUAAUUUGACACAUAGUUUUUCCAAUAAAACAGAUAGUAGUGAUGAUAUGGCUUUUUAUAAUAAAACACCUCACAGAACUGAAGAAGACAAUUUUAAGGAAAAUAAUAAUUAUAUGAAAACUUCAUAUAGUACAAAAAAGAGAGUAUAUACUCCAUGUAAUUAUGAUAAAUCCGAUAUUUAUAGUGAUAAAGAAAAAGAAGAUAAGAUAUCUUUAUACACUACACCAAAAAGAUGUAAAAGACGUAAUAUUACUAAAAAAGAAUCAUCCAAUGUGAAAUCUAGAAGUAGUAAUAGCAGAAAAAAAAAAGACUUAUGUGAUGAAUUAGUUAAUAUACGUACACCUGUGAAAAGUAAAAAUGAGUAUUUAAUUGAAAAGGAAAUAUAUGAAAGUAUUACUAAAGAUAAAUGGCUUAUGAACGAAUCCAAUAUGAAUGAAUUACCAGAAAAUAUUAAGGAUGAAUAUGUGUCCUAUUUGUGUAGUCCUUUAAAAAGAAGUGAACGUUUAAUUAAGAGUAAAAUUAAUAAAAUGCUUAAUGAAAAUAUAGAACAAAUAAAACAAGAACAAAUGGCUUCAAAUAGUGAUACAUAUAAAAAUAGUUGUUCCAAUAGCGAUAUAUUAAAUAAUGAUGAUAAUUCAGUAGCUCAUUGUGAUUUUAUUCCUGAAGAAGAGGAAAAAUGUUGGGAUGAAUUUUACACACAAAGUAUUGACAAAACUAGACCAUUUACUGGUAUUACAACAGAACUAGCUGUUGAUAUAAUCACAGAAAUGUUAAGAUCAAAAAUAAAAAAAAUUAAAAUUAAAAAUAAAGAAUUUUUCUCACCAAUUAGUGAAAAUGAUACUAUCAUGGAAAUCGGACAUGGAAAUCAUCCUUUGGCUGUUCAAAUGUUUGAAAAAUGGGGAACAGUUGGUAGGUAUGUUGGUAUAGAAUUUAGUGGAGAAGCUAGUAAAGAAGCUCUUAAAUGUGAUAAAUUAAAAAAUCUAUAUCUUAUGAGAAAAGUAGAAUUUAUUAAGAUACUAAGCAUGAAAUAUUAUAAAGAUAAUUAUUUAAAUGGUGUAGUUGCUGAAUCAAAUAUUUCUCCAGUGAAUACUAAAACAGAUUUUAUUGAAUUAUAUACUUUCAAAUAUAUUUUUGCAAAAAGUACAUUAGAUUAUAUAACAUGCAGAAUGGAUGAUAUUGGAAAUAGCUGUGAUUGGGAAGAAGAUUUGCAAAUUUCACCAACAGUUGUUGAUAUGUUUAAUAGUUUAGCAGAUUCCUUGCAAAAUUGUAAAAAGGCUAAAAAUAAUUCUUAUAUAAUUUUUGUUGAACCAAGUAAUUCUUCCAAAUUCAGAGAUCAUAUUUUAACCAUAUUCAAAGUUAUCUAUACAGCUACAUUCAAAUAUGGAAGUUCUGCUAAGUAUUUGAGGUUAUAUAAAUUAUUAAACCAUAAUAAGGCAUGUGGUUACAUGCUUGAAAAAAGAAAUGAAGUAUAUGAAAGUUUUGAAGAAAUGAGACAUGAAUUUUUAAAACUAAUUUUGAAAUCGUCCAUUACAAAAAAUAUUGACGAAGUAGAUUGGUUUUUACCUACACAAGUACCAAAAAGAUGGUUAAGUAGGAAUCCAGCAGAUAUAGAAUAUUUGGUCAAGUUGGAUAGAACUCACUUUUAA